CGCGGCGGCGGCGCCAUGACGCUCGCUGUGUUCUUCGGGUGCACCUUCAUCGCCUUUGGUCCCGCGUUCGGCCUCUUCCUCUUCACCAUCGCCCGCGACCCGCUACGCAUCAUCAUCCUCAUCGCCGGGGCUUUUUUCUGGCUCGUCUCACUGCUGCUCUCCUCCCUCAUCUGGUUUAUUGCUGUUAAAGCCAGUGACCCCAACGAUGAACCGUUGCAGAAGGGGCUCUUGAUAUUUGGGGUGAUGUUUUCUGUGCUGCUGCAGGAGGCCUUCCGCUUUCUCUACUACAAACUCCUCAGGAAGGCAAUCGAGGGGCUCGUGGCCCUCAGUGAGGAUGGCUGCUCCCCGAUUUCCAUUCAGCAGAUGGCAUACGUGGCUGGGGGGGGGGGGCUCAUGAGCGGUGCCUUCUCCAUGAUCAAUCUCCUGGCAGACGCACUGGGGCCCGGCACUGUGGGGAUCUAUGGAGACUCGCAGCUCUACUUCUUGACCUCGGCCUUUAUGACCAUGGUGCUGACUUUCCUUCACACCUUCUGGGGGAUCAUCUUUUUCCACGGCUGUGAGAACCGACGCUCGUGGGAGAUCGCAGCCGUUGUUGUGAUGCACCUUGCAGUUUCAGCAUCGUCAUUCUGCAACCCCGUGUAUGUGGGCAGCCUGGUGCCCUCCUACGUGCUGAUGGCCGUUGCUGCCACCUGGGCCUACCUGCUGUCAGGGGGAUCUGCACAGAACAUGCGUCGCUUCCUGCUCUGUUUGCCGAGCGGAGCCAGUCCCCAGGCAAGAUCCUGA